AUGGCGGCCACCUCCGCCGUUGUUCUGUCCGCCGCCGCCCGCCGGAUCUCACGCUCGGCUGCGGUGGCCAGCUCUGGCGGCGGCGCUCAUCUCCUGUCCGCCGCCACCCGCCGGAUGUCGUCGUCGUGCUCGGCGUCCUCGUCCUCCAUCAUCACGCUCGAGGUGACGGGGCACCACAACCUGACCAUCAGCGGGUACGCGGCGACGAGGAAGGCCCCCGUGGAGUGGAUCGCGUCGUCGCAGGCGUUCGACGCGGCGGGCUACCGCUGGCGCAUCAAGUACGACCCCAACGGCAACAGCUGGAACGAGUCCAACGAGUGCAUUUCCAUCUUCGUGGAGCUCGCCGACGACAUCAAGGGCCCGCGCCAGGAGGUCAAGGACCCCGUCCAGUUCAAGCUCAGCCUGCUGGACCGCGCGGGGAACCCGUCGCCCAAGUACUGCCGCUCCAACGACGCCAGCUUCUUCGUCGACGGGCAGGCGCGGUUCCAGGACUUCAUCCGGUGGAAGGACCUCGAGGAGUCCGGGUGCCUCAAGGACGACAGCUUCAUGGUCCGCUGCGACAUCACCGUCAUCAAGAAGUGGGCCGAGGACGACGACAACGUCAGCGUCGACAGCGCGUCGUCCCGCGUCGUCGUGCCGCCGUCCGACCUGCACAGGCACCUCUACGACAUGCUGUGGAAGAAGCAGGGCGUGGACGUCGCGAUCGACGUAUCCGGGGAGACGUUCGAGGCGCGCGGGUGGCUGCUGGCGGCGCGGUCCCCGGCCUUCGAGGCGGAGCUGCUCGCCGCGCCCAAGGAGAAGGCGCCCGGCGGCGGGGCCGUCGCCGUCCGUCGCCGCGUGGAGAUCGGUGGCAUGGAGCCCAGGGUGUUCAAGGCGCUGCUCCACUUCAUGUACACUGACGCGCUGCCGCCGUCCAUGAUGGAGGAGGAGGAGGAGAAGCAUGGCGCCGUGGCGAUGGCCCGGGAUCUGCUCGCGGCGGCGCACCGGUACAAGCUCGAGAGGCUCAAGCUCCUGUGCGAGGAGAUGCUGUGCCGGUGCAUCGACGUGGACACGGUGGCUGGGACCAUAGCGGUGGCGGAGCAGCAUGGCUGCGGCGCUCUCGAGGCAGCGUGCGCCGAAUUCCUCGCGCGUCCGGGGAACCUGAAAGCCGUCAUGGAGACGGAAGGGUACGAGAAGAUAAAAGCCAACCCCACCAUGAUGGAGCUUAUCAUGAAGCAAUUGGUCUAG